CACUGAGUUUCGCGACAGCUUGCCUGCACCGCUAUCCUGGCAGGUCCUUUUGAUUUCGAAGAAAAAAAGAAGUUACAAGUAGACUUGCUCCACAAGAAGUAAAUUCAAAGUCUGAAUUUUGAGUGGAACAUUAACUAACGGGGUGGGAAACAAACUUUAUAAAGCGGAGUUUACAGUGGAGCGGAAAUAGACGGGACGAGGCAGGACUUGGAUGCUUGUCAGAAACAUUUCGAAGCAUACGAGACUUGCUUGGCAAAAACGAACGGACACUAGAAAGGAUGGGAAAGAAAAACGGUAAAGUGGUGGAGAACCCGGAAGGAGCAACUUCAAAGCGCUCCCCAACGCUAUGUGGAACCAACUAUCCGCUGAGCAUCUCCUUCAUCGUGGUGAACGAGUUCUGCGAGCGCUUCUCCUACUAUGGCAUGAAAGCUCUGCUGACGCUGUACUUCAUGCGCUACCUGCACUGGGAUAAGGACCUGUCCACGGCGGUGUACCACGCCUUCUCCAGCCUCUGCUACUUCACCCCGGUCCUGGGGGCCCUCAUCGCCGACUCCUGGCUCGGGAAGUUCAGAACCAUCAUCUACCUCUCCAUCGUCUACGUCAUCGGCCACGUGGUGAAGUCCGUGGGCGCCAUCCCGGACGUGGGGGACACCACCACGCACAUCGUUCUCUCGAUCCUGGGCCUGGUGCUGAUCGCGUUCGGGACGGGCGGGAUCAAGCCCUGCGUGGCGGCAUUCGGGGGGGACCAGUUCACGGAGGAGCACGCCGAGGAAAGGACGAAGUUCUUCUCUAUUUUCUACAUGUCGAUCAACGCUGGGAGCGUCCUGUCGACGGUCAUCACACCGAUACUGCGAGGUGAUGUACAGUGUUUUGGGGGUGACUGCUACGCCCUUGCGUUUGGAGUGCCUGCGUUGCUGAUGAUCAUAGCCCUGGUCGUGUUCAUUGCUGGCAGUGGGCUGUACAAGAAAAAUCCACCUGAGGGGAAUAUUCUGCUGAAAGUGUGCCAGUGCAUUGGGUACGCCAUUAAGAACCGCUGGAGGAAUCGCAAGAAGAGCCACAAGAGAGCGCACUGGCUGGACUGGGCAGACGACAAGUACUCGAAACGCCUGAUACACGAGAUCCAGAUGGUUCUGAGGGUCCUGGUCCUGUACAUCCCGCUCCCCAUGUUCUGGGCCCUGUUCGACCAGCAGGGAUCCCGUUGGACCCUCCAGGCCACCAGGAUGAACAUGGACUUUGGUGGUUUUAUUCUGAAGCCUGAUCAAAUGCAGAUGCUGAACGCGCUGCUAAUCCUGGUUUUCAUUCCGAUUUUCGACAUUGGGGUGUACCCUCUGGUUAGGCUGUGCGGGAUCAAGCUCACGCCCCUGAGGAAGAUGGCGAGCGGAAUGAUCUUGGCGGCCUUGGCGUUCGUUGCGGCCACAGUGGUGGAAAUGGGCGUGACGAACACGGUGGUGGACCCCCCGCUGGCCGGUCAGAGCUUGCUGAAGGUGCUCAACCUCGCUGCCACCGACGUCCAGGUGACCGUACCAGGAAGCGUCCCCUUCCCACACCCCAUCAGGCCCUAUGAGGCCACACAGGAGUAUCAGAGGCUGGAGCUGAAUGGGGUGAACCAGAGCCUGGCGGUAACCGUGGAGAUUGCUGGGAGCAGCACGCCGUGCCCGCUGGUCUUCACAGAGCAGACCGCGUACAGCCUCAUUCUGUACCGGGAAGCCGCGGGGCUGCAGUGCCGACUGGUAGAAGAUCAGAUAGUCAAGUCUGAACACGGUGAUGCGUACCUGAGGUUCGUCAAUGCCUACCAAGAGCACCUGAACCUAACCGUGGGGGACCAGGACUUCUAUGCCCCGAAAGGUCACGGGGUCACGCCCCAUGAGGUGGUGGCGAGAGGGGAGUACACAGAUGUGAUGUGCAAGGCUGGUCAGGAGGAACACCCUGUGAACCUGGGGCUGCUUGACUUUGGCGCUUCGUACACCAUCGUUCUCAAGGGCGUGAAUGAUUCAGCUCCUGGGCCGGAGGGGCGAGUCGUGCCUCACAAAAUGGAGGACGUGCGGGCGAACAACGUGCACAUCGCCUGGCAGAUCCCGCAGUACACCCUGAUAACUGCCGGAGAGGUCAUGUUCUCCAUCACGGGGCUGGAGUUCUCCUACUCCCAGGCCCCGGCGAGCAUGAAGUCUGUGCUGCAGGCCGGUUGGCUGAUGACCGUGGCCUUCGGGAACGUCAUCGUGCUGAUUGUGGCGGAGGGGGCGGGGCUAGAACAGUGGGUGGAGUUCCUGCUCUUCGCCAGCCUCCUGGUGGCGGUCAGCAUCAUCUUCUCCAUAAUGGCCCAGUUCUACACCUACGUCGACGGCGAUCAGCUGGACAGCAUGUUUCCGACCGGGGACGAGGAAGAGGACAACCUCAAGAAGGACCAAAUAAAUUUGAGCCCGAAUCCUGGUACUGAUCGCGAUUACAAAGCCACCAAGAUGUAGCUGCCUGACUUCAGACAUUUGAAAAGGACUCAAUAUUUGUGCCUUUUUUUUUUUUUUUUUUUGCAGGAAAUCAAUGUACACAAUUUUUUGCUAAAAGUCAGACUGUCAAUUCAGAACACAGUGUUAAGAGGCAGGUGGGACCAGGGCAGGAUUAGCACCAAAAUAUCAAUACCAAUGGUAAGCAACCUCAACGGUGAGAUACUGAGAACUUAAAGCACAGCAGAAGUAUUCUUUUCAUUGAAAUAACUGAGCCGGUUAACUUAUGUUUUCAGAUUUUCCCCAAAUAAUCUGGCACUCCAGAACUACAGGGUUGAGUGUACCUGACCUGGAUUAAAUUUUAUCACCUGACCGCUGACAGUGUGGUCGACACAGCCACGUGAACAACAGCACCUGGAAAACACUCCCACACAGAAGUGCGUUUGACGUUAAAACACAAACUGAAAUCUAAGGAACGUGAAGAGAUAUUACAGAUGACUUCAUAGCUUUCCAGCCAGUAGUGACGGUUAUAAAAAGGUGAGCCAUUGGUCAGGUCGAACAGACAACCCGUUGACCUUUUUUUAGUGGCAGAUAAAUGUGGUGGCCUGAGGGGAAAAACGCGGUUGUGUUCAGUGACAGUCUGAACACCAUUAAACGCCUUAAGAGUAAUUAUGCCGUUCGAGCAGAAAUCACACCGAACAGCCAAAUCUGCGCUUAACUACAACAUAUUCUAUCCACAGCACACACGCCACACAGGAAAUAAUUUAAACGUUUGUUUUGGUUGUAAUGCAUUUUUUUUUUUUUUUUUUUUACACUGAAAAUAAAUAAUAAUGAGAACCCGACUUAGACUUAUGGACAUUAGUAUUACAUCACACAUGAAAAAAUAAAAAUGAAUUUCUGUAUAGUCUGCAAGACAGGCCGUGCUAAGACAUAUAAGCGUGCUAUAUACAGCGCAGGGAACAUUAAAAGAGCUUCUGAACACGUUUGGUGUUCAGCAGCAGCAGGCCUCAGCAGUCUGUCUCAGCGGGCUAACCAUAGCCCCAGGGUCUCCACGGCGAAGGCAGAAACUUCUGGAAUGCCGCCAGUUGGAAAGGGAAUAACAGGUCACUGGUCCUAUAGGCUGGGUGCGUGAGUCACGUGACAGGAUCCAGCCAAUCGUAAGCCGGGUUUCCCCCCAAUCUGGGCCUCCAGUGUUCCCCACUCUGUUUCUCACUGCCACGGCCGCCCCAAAAACAAAACCAGGACGCCACAUUGCAACAGAAAUCCCCCCCCCCUCCCUCUCCCCCCUUUCUGUACAGUGUACCGUACACUGUGUACCCUCCCUGCAGACCGUCCCCCCCACCCUGCGAACAGAAAGAGCUGCCCGAGAUUUUUUUCUCUCCUUUACAAGCGUGAAAUUAGUUUAAUAAAAACUGAGUGGAAAACCACA